UCUUGCUUCAGAGCGGCAGCUGCGAACCAAAAAGGGACUCCGAGCAUCCUUCUCUGCCUCUUUCCCGCAAGCUCAGCCAAGAUGUGGUCCCUCCUGGUUGUCGUCCUGUGCCUUGCCUGGGCAGAUGCCAAGCACGUGGGCUGCUUCACUGCAGAGGAACUGGGGAACAACCCGAUUCCGACGCAGUUUCGGAACUGGGUCUCCCUGUUGCAACACCAAGACUGUGUGCAGCUGGUCCCAUUCCUGGAGAAUGAACAGAGCAGCCGCCCCCACACACGGAGGCAUCACAGCCACAACUGCCCGAACCUGAAGCUCCAGGAUAUGCAGACCGGCGAACUGCAGAAGCGCUCCAUCUCGCCCUGGACAUACCACAUUGAUGAAGAUGAGAACCGGUUCCCCCGCCAGCUGGCCUUCGCCAGGUGCAGCUGCAAAGGUUGCAUUGAUACCAUUACAGGCCGGGAGACCACCUCUCUCAACUCGGUGGAAGUCUUCCAGAGAACCAUGGUCUUUCGCCGUAAGACCUGCCCGCAGAAUGGUGGCAGCGUGGAGCGGUUCUUCUUCGAGAAGGAUUACAUCGACGUGCCCGUGGCCUGCACCUGCGCCUUCCCACGUUACAGCAGCUGAGCAGACCUCAGGCUGGUCUCUGGGGCUUCGGUCCAUGUCCCUCAUCCCUCCAGCUUCAUCAGGAACAGUUGUGUUUGCUUUAAAGCAUUGGUGCUUUGCAGCCAGUGGCUGCCAUACCCCUCCUCUGGGGAGGGCAAGGCUGGCCUGGACCCCCCUCCCCUCCCCUCGAAAAGCUCCUUAAAAAGCAUUUUACUCACUUAAGGAGAUACCAACAGAAGAAAAGGAAUUAUUGCUUAUUUAUUUGUAUUUAUGUUAACGUAUUUUUGAGAUGUUCGAGUGCUUCAAGCUAUUAUAUUUAUUACUCCUGAUGAAAGUCGGGCCAAUUUGCAGAAGCAGCCUUCCCUACACCUUUGUGUCCCUUUUGGGGGACCAGUUUUCUUACCUGUCCCAGGGCCACCCCGGCACCCCAACAUCCUGAGCCUGCAUAAGGCAGUGCUAGCCCUGAUCUGCCUUCCGGUGUGUGUGUGGGGGAGUCUUCCGGGGCUCCUUCACAGAAGGGAGAUGUUGGACGUGUCUCACAGGGUGGACAUGAGGCUCUGCCUUCAUUUUAUCCCUAAGGUGGGCUGAGCUGGGACGUGGCUGGCCCCCAACCCUCCCCCCAACCCCCAGGAGCUGCUAUGGCUGGACUGCAGCAGGUCCCUUCCUGAUCUUCCCAGGUGGCUCUCUUGGCUGAGCUUCACAGGUGCUCCCUGAGAUAAAUCUGGUUGGGGGUGGAGUGGGAGGAGUUGCCCACAAUCUGGGUUUGCCCCCCACCCAUUUAUUUCCUUGUUCUAAUGACCUUUGCUCUCCUCUUCUAUUGUAAAGUGAUUUAAAUUAUUGGAUUAUUUAUAUGUAUUUAUUGUAAUGUGAUACAAUAUUUAUUGUUCCUUGGGGUUGGACUCCCUGCAUUAAUAAAGAUUUUAUUUCUGUA